GGCUGGGAGAGGUAGAUGGCUGGGGCCAAAGGCGAGGGCUGGGAGAGGUGCUGGCCUCCGGGCCCAGCCCAGUACUGGGGGCAGGAUUCAGAAAAGAGCUUUGGUCGCCGCACAGUUCCUACCGCUGAUAACAUCAGUGGGCGUGUCAGGCGGUGCCGGGGAGAGAGUGCGCGCGCCGGGGAAGGCGGGAGGGCGCGCGCACAAAGUUUGUGCCUGCGGGUGCGCGUCGGGCGGGCUCGCCCGGCUCCCAGAGCAGCGGGUGGGCGGCCCGAGGGCGGAGAGGCCCGGGGCGAAGGGCCGCGCUGGCAGCGGCAGCGGCCGUGGCGAGGCGAUGCGCCCCGCCGAGCCCGUCCCGCCGCGCUAGGUGAAACGUCUCCACGAGCGCGGCCGCGGCCAUGGGCACCCUGGGCAAGGCGAGAGAGGCUCCGCGAUGCAGAUGGAAACCUGUGUCGAAGUAACCAACUGCUGCAAGUCAUGCUGACCAUGCACCGAGUUAUCAUUUCCUCUGCGGAACUGCUCCAAAAAGUGAUCGCCCUGUAUAAGGACGCCUGGGCCAAGAAGUCACCAGGGCUGUGCCUGAAGAUCUGCUACUUCGUAAGGUACUGGAUAACGGAAUUCUGGACCAUGUUUAAAAUGGAUGCCAGCUUGACGAACACCAUGGAGGAGUUUCAGGAACUGGUGAAGGCUAGUGGGGAGGAGUUACACUGCCGCCUGAUCGACACAACUCAAAUCAAUGCCCGUGACUGGUCCAGGAAACUUACUCAAAGGAUAAAAUCGAACACCAGCAAGAAACGGAAAGUCUCCCUGCUCUUUGACCACCUGGAACCGGAAGAGCUGUCGGAGCACCUCACCUACCUGGAGUUCAAGUCCUUCCGGAGGAUCUCCUUCUCCGACUACCAGAAUUACGCGGUGAACAGCUGUGUGAAGGAGAACCCCACCAUGGAGCGGUCCAUAGCCCUGUGCAACGGCAUCUCCCAGUGGGUGCAGCUGAUGGUGCUCAGCUGCCCCACCCCGCAGCUCCGAGCUGAGGUCUUCAUUAAGUUCAUCCAGGUGGCUCAGAAGCUCCACCAACUACAGAACUUCAAUACUUUGAUGGCCGUGAUAGGCGGCCUGUGUCACAGCUCCAUCUCCAGGCUCAAGGAGACAAGCUCACACGUCCCCCAUGAAAUCAACAAGGUCCUGGGUGAGAUGACGGAGCUGCUGUCCUCCUGCAGAAACUAUGACAACUACCGGCGAGCCUAUGGGGAGUGCACCCACUUCAAGAUCCCCAUCCUGGGGGUGCACCUCAAGGACCUCAUCUCCCUGUAUGAAGCCAUGCCCGACUACCUAGAGGAUGGGAAGGUGAACGUCCACAAGCUGCUGGCCCUUUACAAUCACAUCAACGAACUGGUCCAGCUGCAGGAGGUGGCCCCGCCCUUGGAGGCCAACAAGGACUUGGUGCACCUGCUGACGUUAUCCCUCGAUCUCUAUUACACUGAGGAUGAAAUCUACGAGCUCUCCUAUGCCCGGGAACCAAGGAACCACAGAGCCCCCCCACUAACACCUUCAAAGCCACCAGUAGUAGUGGACUGGGCCUCUGGGGUAUCUCCCAAACCUGACCCAAAGACUAUAAGCAAGCACGUCCAGCGGAUGGUGGAUUCUGUCUUCAAGAACUAUGAUCAUGACCAAGACGGAUACAUUUCUCAGGAAGAAUUUGAAAAAAUUGCUGCGAGUUUUCCGUUUUCCUUCUGUGUGAUGGACAAAGACAGGGAAGGCCUCAUCAGCCGGGACGAGAUCACGGCCUACUUCAUGAGGGCCAGCUCCAUCUACUCCAAGCUGGGCCUGGGCUUUCCUCACAACUUCCAAGAGACAACCUACCUGAAGCCUACUUUCUGUGACAACUGUGCUGGAUUUCUCUGGGGAGUGAUCAAACAAGGAUAUCGAUGUAAAGACUGCGGGAUGAACUGCCACAAACAAUGCAAAGAUCUGGUUGUGUUCGAGUGCAAGAAGCGAGCCAAGAACUCAGCAGCUCUCACAGACAAUAGCACCGCUGUGGGGCCAACGUUCAACCUCUGCUCAUUGGGAGCCAAAGACCUGCUCCAUGCACCUGAGGAUGGACCUUUUCCAUUCCCUAAUGGGGAGGCUGUGGAACAAAGUGAAGAAAGUAAAGAUCGGACCAUCAUGCUCAUGGGAGUGUCCUCACAGAAGAUUUCUGUUCGGCUGAGGAGGACUGUCGCCCACAAGGCCACCCAGACCGAAGCACUGCCUUGGAUGGGCAGCGAGGGCCCUUCUGGUCCUUUUGCGCUAUCUUCCCCAAGGAAGACAGCCCAGGACACUCUGUACGUGCUUCCUAGUCCUACGUCUCCAUGCCCCAGCCCAGUCUUGGUCAGAAAGCGGGCUUUUGUCAAGUGGGAGAAUAAAGACUCCUUCAUGAAAUCAAAGGAGGAACUCCGCCACCUCAGACUCCCAACUUACCAAGAGCUGGAACAGGUCUUGACAUUUUACAUGUCCAUGAAAAGGAACAAUGUAGAUGGCAACAAUGACUUCCUGAUGCAAGAAAUGGGUGGUAGAGAGAUUUCAUAUGAGGAAAUAAAUACACUGAAAGCAGAUAAUGAUGCUCUAAAGAUCCAACUGAGAUAUGCACAGAAGAAAAUAGAAGGACUCCAACUUGCAAAAAGCAAUCAUGUCUUAGCUCAGAUGGAACAGGGUGACAGUUCUUAGCCCAGAAACGCAAGAAGCACAAUCUGUAGAUAAAUGGAUCAGAGAUCUCAUUUCCCAAACCAGUCAACACAAAGAUUGGGGAAUCUUAGAGUGACCAGCUUUAAAGGGGGUACUUUAAAAAGGAAAAGCUAGUCUCUCCCCCCACCCCCCCCCCACCCCGGUAAUGUGUGAUAUUGUUUUCUCUUCCAGUCAGUUGAAUCAAAGGGGAGGAAAACUGAAAAAUGCAAAAUUUUUGCCAUUCAUACCACUAACAUUUUCCCCUGAGACUAAGGGCAAAAGUAAGAAAAAACAUGACUAUAGUUUUCUGACAAGGUAGCUUCUCCUAUGUGGCCUGCCUGGCUGCUUCUUCCUCAGAACUAAAAUCUCUGGAAAAUAAAUUUGCUUCCUUCCCUGGGGUUUUCUGUAAACUGGGGAAUUUACUUUGUUCCACUCAAAGCUUAUUUAUAAUAUUAAAGUAGAUUCACUUCCUCUACAUUCCAGCAUUCUUUAUGAAUCUGGUUCCCGAUUCACUACCUCAAAUCUAAUCAAUUAGCCCCUCCCACCCCAUCCUUCCUCACUGUGCUCAUCAUAUACACGAGGAUAUCUACCUAGAGCUGAACUUCUAGAAUGUAAGUACAAAUUGUGGAGGCCUAUUCAACAACAUGACAUUAUCCAGUUGUAUAUCAACUAAUAGAUUUAGUCACAAAGUCACAAUAAAUAAGUAAUCAAAUUAAAUACCUGAAAACAUAACUAUUACCAUUUUAUACAUGACUGAGUAAUUAGCUAAAAUAAACAUAAUGCAAACAUGUCUGUCCUCUACAGUGGAUAGAACUAGGACUUUAUGGCUAUUUUUUAAAAAACAGUCUGCUUAGCUCUUCAUGUGCCAUCUUUACCCUUUUUUAAGUAACUUUUUGAGCUGAAUUUGUGCUUACCAGUAUACUGCCUUCACUGUUAAUACCGUUUAGAAAUAAGCUAAUUGGAUCAGAGCCUUCAAUAACAGCUGACAGCGUGUAUAUAUGUGUAUAUAUUGUGUAUAUACAGUAUCAGGCAUGCAUGUGACUUGGAAUUUUGUUUCCCCCUUCAUAAAAUGUGGAAGUGAAUUAAACAACUUUUAGUCAUUUACAUAAAUUCACAAAUAUAAGUUCAGUUUGUUAUAAGAUGAAGAAUUUACUCACAAUGUAAAUUGUAUUGUUUGCAACCUCACAAGUAAGAGCCCUGUGAGUUAUCUAUUAAUGAAAGUUAAUGAUGAAUGGGCUCAUUUAGUUGUCUGGGCAACUGAUCACUAACUCCUUUGUUAGACUACUU